GUAUGUAUCUAAUUUCGGAGAUUUUUCAUUUCCCUUUUAGCACUCACCUACAGAACUCGGAUAGAAAAAGUUCAAUUUAAUUCGAUAGUUCGCGGGCGACGGAUCGCGUUUUUUGCCAGAUUAAAUGCAAUAUUUUUACAUGCAAUGCCGAAAGUGGAGCAACCUGACCUAGACGAGGACCAAGAAUCAGAUCUAGGUGAAGUGAAGGCUGAUCCAGAACGUCGCCAGCACGUACCCUACAUACUGAAUGGUGAGCUGUAUCGCAUCGAAAGCCAGAUUGGCGACAAUGUGACCGUCAAGUGCUGUUAUUGUCCGCCGGAUAGAAUUUAUCGGGGCAGCGUGCGCUCCACAGGAAAUUUUCAUAUGCAUAUCAAGCGGCGACAUGCAUCUUUGCUGGGCAAACUGCAUGAAAUGAAAGUGGCAGCGUUGGUGGAACGACGGGAUCGCAUUAUGAAAAACAGACGCAUUGCCAAAUGUCGCAAGAAAUCCACGUCGUCGUCGGUCACAAUUUCAGCUUUAGCUGCAGUUGCCGCCGCUUCGUCCAUGGAAGUGCCAAAGAGCACAGAGACGCACGAGCUGAAAAUCAAAACGGUAUUUCAAAGGCACAAACAAGAACAUCACGAACAGGAAGAAGCAGCGGCCAUACGAACAUCCAUUUCUAUAAGCGACACUUCGAUGGAUAAUAAUAGCCUAUGCUCGGACAAAGUAUCCGUUACGGCCUCGAAGCAGGACAGCAAUAACAACGACAGCAACAAUAAUAAUAAUGCUGCUACUUUUAGUAAUAAUCAUCGACAGGAUGAGCACAAUCUAACGCAUCUGAGCCCAGGCAUGGUAAGCACAUUCGAUUCCAAUUCGGCUGUAGGCGUCAAUGGUAAUGCAAUUGAUUUGCCCGCCAUGGUCGGCAUACCGCGUAUGUUGCCCUUCAAUCUAAUCAAGCCGGAGCAACAGCAGCAAAUGCUUGUCGAGCAGCCGGAGGCCAUAGAUCUCAGUAGAACCUCUUCGAUGCAAAGUGAUGACAUGCAACAGAGCGUAUUCACCCAGUCCGUGCAGAAUAUACAAGUCGGCAUAACGCGCACACAGGAACUGGCUGCAUUUGUUAAUGGGCCGCCGCGUGAGAUUUUAAUGCGCAUUGACAACACAUUAGCCGAUAUUAAGGAUGAGCUACAGGCGCGCAAUCAAAUCGAGCGCAAACGCCUUCUAUUCGACAUGGCUAAAUUUAAGUUUUUGCAUCCGAAUUUCAACUUUGAAUCCACACAAUAAACCCGGCACCUGUUGCCACUUACUAAAAUAA